AUGAACUGUAGAGGUCAAGCAUAUGACAAUGGGUCAAACAUGGUUGGUAAGUAUCAAGGGGUACAGACACGUGUAACCAAUCAAAAUCCAAGAGCAUUUUUUACCCCAUGUGCCUCUCAUAACUUAAAUUUAGUACUUCGAGACGCAGCUAAAAAUUCAUCUAGGGCAUCAACAUUUUUUGGAACAGUACAACGAAUAUAUACUAUUUUUUCUGCAUCAACUAGUCGCUGGGACAUUUUCAAACAAUUUUGUAGUAUUUUUACAGUAAAAAAAUGGUCGGAAACACGUUGGGAAAGUCGAGUGAAUAGUGUUAAAGCUCUCCGAUUCCAAUUAUCAAAUAUAAUAGAAGCUCUAGAAGAAGUAUCAGAAACAGCUAAUGACUCAAUUGCCAAAAGUGAUGCUAGAUCCUUAUUUAUUGAAAUAAGUACAUAUGAAUUUAUACUAAGUCUAAUAAUUUGGUAUGACAUAUUAGUUCAAGUCAACAUAGUAAGUAAGAGUUUACAAGGGAAAGAUGCAGAUAUUAAUAUUUCAAAUGACAUGAUACAAAGUUUAUUAGCUUUUUUGAAAUCUUACAGAGAAUCAGGGUUUAUGAAUGCUAAAAUAAUUGCUAAUAAUUUGGCAAAAGAAAUUGAAGUUGAACCAGUAUUUAAGAAAACCCGACCAAGAAAGAAAAAGAAAAAUUUUGAUUAUGAAGGAAAUGAUGAAAGAAUCAAUGACGAAGAAGAAAAUUUUAGACAAGAAUAUUUCUUACUAGUUAUAGAUCAAGCAACUAGUUCAGUUGAAAAUCGUUUUAAACAAAUUGAAUCGUACAAAGAUUAUUUUGGGUUUUUAUUUCGCAUUGGAAAGUUACGAUAUAUGAAUGAUGACAAUUUAAUGAAAUAUUGUAAGGAACUUGAAAUUAAUCUAAAAGAUGGGAAUUCGAAAGAUAUUGAUUUCAUGGAGUUGUAUAAUGAAUUGGUAAAUUUCAGAUUGAUAAUAAAUGAAGAAACGACUCCUCUUGAAGCUUUGUCAGUGCUAAAAUAUUCUUCAGAAUGUUUUCCAAAUAUUGGUAUUGCCCUUAGAAUUUUACUGACAAUACCAGUAACUUCGGCAUGUGCCGAGAGAAGCUUUUCGAAAUUGAAAUUAAUAAAAACAUAUUUGAGAAACAAGUUAAGCCAAGAAAACAUUUCUGGUCUUUCAAUAAUUUCAAUAGAAAAAGAUAUUUCUGAAUCUUUAAAUUAUGAUGAUAUCAUAAAUCAGUUUGCUGCUAAAAAAUCAAGGAAAGUAAUGUUUUAA